CAAGUUCUAAAACCCAGAAACUCUGGAAAAUCCAAUAUUUGCGCUCCAGAGAUACCACACAGACAAAAAGCACUCAAAUGCAGCUAUAAUUCUGUGCUUUUACCUCCAUGAAUGAAUCUCUCUUUUCCUCUCCUCUGCUUCGUCUUCCUCACCACAGGCAUCAAUAAGUAGUAGUUCAUAGCUAGGGUUUUUCUCUUAUUCUUCUUUGACCACAUGGCGACUCUUGUGCUAUUCGCGCCGAACGCAACCUCUUCGCCUUUCUCUUACCGGCCGAACUCUAGGACUAGCCCUCUCCUUCAUCGGCCUCACCACCACCACAAUCUUUCCCGUUCCGGGAACUUACUUGGACGUUCGCUUUCCGUCACGAGGUUCGCCUUCAAGCCUGGUUUUCUACCUGAACCUCAUGGCGCUGAGGACCUGGUGAAGGACUUGCUUAGUCGAGCUGACGCUUUUCUGUACACUAUUGCCGACGCUGCUGUUUCAUCCUCCGAUACGGUGACUACCACUGCCAAACAGAACAACGAUUGGCUUUCUGGUAUUACCGGUUAUAUGGAGAGUGUUCUCAAGGUAUUGAAGGAUGGGCUUUCUGCCUUGCACGUACCAUAUGCGUAUGGUUUUGCCAUUAUACUCCUUACAAUUCUCGUUAAGGCUGCUACAUUUCCAUUGACAAAGAAGCAGGUAGAAUCUUCCUUGGCUAUGCGGUCUCUGCAACCUCAGAUAAAGGCUAUUCAGCAACGUUAUGCUGGUGACCAGGAAAGGAUCCAACUUGAGACUGCUCGGUUAUAUAAAUUGGCUGGCAUUAAUCCUCUAGCAGGAUGCCUGCCUACACUUGCAACAAUACCUGUAUGGAUUGGUUUAUAUAGAGCACUUUCAAAUGUGGCUGAUGAGGGACUUCUCGCAGAGGGGUUCUUCUGGAUACCUUCCCUCGCUGGUCCAACUACAAUUGCUGCCCGUCAAAAUGGAAGUGGCAUCUCUUGGCUUUUUCCUUUUGUGGAUGGUCACCCACCCCUUGGAUGGUCAGAUACAUUGGCGUACCUUGUGUUGCCUGUAUUACUGGUUAUCACUCAGUACAUUUCUGUCCAAAUAAUGCAGUCGUCACAGCCUAAUGAUCCCAGCAUGAAGAGUUCUCAGGCUCUAACUAAGUUCCUUCCUUUAAUGAUUGGUUACUUUGCUCUGUCAGUUCCUUCUGGGUUAAGUCUUUACUGGUUCACAAAUAAUAUAUUGAGCACAGCACAACAAGUAUGGCUUCAAAAACUUGGAGGGGCCAAAAACCCAGUGAUGCAAGUACGUGAUAAAACAGUGGAUGACAAUGUAAUGCAAAUUCAGAAAUCAGUCUCUGAGCUAGAGCCCCCUAAAAUAGAGGCCAGUCUAGGUGAGAAAUCGACAUCAGAGGGACCAAAACCAGGGGACAGAUUUAAGCAAAUAAAGGAGCAAGAGGAAAAGAGAAGAAGACAGAGAGAAGAAGAAAAAAGGAAAGCUGAGGAGGCAGCAGCUAAAGCAACUGAAGUACACGAGGCAAGGGACAAAAAGACUGAGGUUGGAGAUGAGGAUGGAGAUGAUGGAAUUGCUGUAAAAUCUGAUGCUGUGACUGCAAAUGAUGAUCCUUCUACUUCUGGAAUUGUUGUGAAUGGCAAUCCCUCCAGUGAGGGCUUUGGGAGAUAUCAAAAAGCCACAUCUGCAUUGCAUACAGAAAAUAAAGGUUCUGCUGAUUACCAGUUCAAUGAAAGGAAUGAGAGAAGUCUAGAAAAGGAAACAGAAGUAUACACACCUGCUGCCACAGACAGCAAGACACCCGUUGAAGACCCAGAUCAAGUGACAAAGGACUGAGAAAUUGAGAAACCAGAAGAUAUAGACAUUUUACUGUACCAAAAUUGACCGGCCUAUUUUCCGACUCAAGAAAUUUUAAAAACGCACCCUCCUGUGCAUUUUGGAAUCCUGGUUACUAUUGUAAAUCAGAGUGAUAGAAAUGGUAGUCUUAUCAAGAGUUAAGGUUUCUAUAAUUGCAAUACGAAAGUGGUUAGAUUGGAUGGCUGAUUUGUAGCUUCGAUGUUGGAGUUUUUGUAUUAUAUGUAAUUUUUUUCCUUCAGUCGCAUGAAUAAAAAGAAGGAUCAAUGUGUCCUUAUUAGAAACAGAUGCUUCAGAUUACCUUAGUCAACUUAUCACCUUAAGCAUCCUAAUACGUGCCUUGGUUUUGAUCUUAUAGAGAAGAUAUUAUGUUUCAGGAAUUUCCAUGACUCAAGGUUUUAGUUCAAGCUCAGCCAUGCUCGGGAACUCUGAGGUUAAGGUAUUUUUUGAGACAAUAUCAUAUAAAAGGAAGCAAUGAAGGCUUCCGUAGUUUUAAAGUUUUCUUGUUGGCCAACUCCUUGGUUCUCAAGUUGAAUACUUGUUCCUUUUACUGCUAUAAUUUAUGUUCUCCUAAUUCACCCUGCGCACAGCCCACGAUAACUUGUGGGCGCCUUUUAAUUCUUCUUCUUCUUCUUAAUAUGAAACUCUUGGGGGACCUUUCUGUAUCCUAUUAUUAUUUCAGGCUAUAUGCAUUAACUAAGAUCUGUUGCUGGUUCGUACUAACUAUGGACUAAAGAGCUUUCUCUGGCUAUAAUGUUUGCUUAUCCAAGCAUUUAAUUGAGUAGCAUCUACCAAGAAA